CUUGCGCGUCCUGAGCUGAGCGGCUCUUUCUAUGGCAAUGUCGACUUUUCCAGGAUUCCUCGUUUUGAUCGCUGUGAGCUCGGGGCAAGUCAUGAGGUAUGGCAAGCCUGAGCAGUACGUGGGUCCGGACUUCUUUCAAUAUUGGAAUUUCUACACUGGUCCAGAUCCCACCCACGGAACCGUGGACUUUGUGUCUGAGUGGGAGGGCUGGAAGAACAAACUGCUUGAUGCAUCAGAGGCUGGUGUGCUCAUGCGUGUGGACAACACCACAGUUGUCGGUGGUCAAGGUGGCCGGAAGGCGGUGAGGAUCGAGAGUAAGAACAGUUACAAUGGCGGCCUUUUCGUGGUGACUCUCGAAAACGUCCCGACGGCUUGUGGCGCUUGGCCAGCCUUUUGGAUGUUUGGAGAUGAUGCACAACAUGCCUGGCCGCGCUGGGGGGAGUACGACAUUUUAGAAUCCAUCCAUAUGACAAACUAUGCUACAACGACCCUCCAUACACGCAGAAGCUGUGACCAGAGGGAUGUGAAUCUGGGCAUUGACUUUGUGGGGCAGGGCUGGGCCACUGGGUCCCUUGGGACCAACAAGGCCAAGAAUUGCUGGGUAAAGGCUCCGCAAGAGUUCUCCAACCAGGGCUGCGGUCAGAAAUUGCCGGACGGAUCCUUUGGCCCAGAAUUCAACAAGAAUGGAGGUGGAACUUUUGUAGCUGAGUGGACACAUGGGGGUCGCAACGGGAAGAUCAUGCGCACCUGGUUCUUCCCGAAGGGGAAGGAGCCCAUUGAUCUGGUGGUGCGAUCUCCGCAACCUGAUUUGUGGGGUACCCCCAACUCCUUCUUCACUCUCAAUGAGCGGUGGUGCAGCGCUGACCACUUCAAGAACAUGAGGAUGGUAUUUGAUACAACCUUCUGUGGUGACUAUGCCGGGUCGACGUUUCAAGCCAGUUGCCCCUGGCUGAAGCAAAGCUGCGAGGACUACGUGCGCAACAGCCCUGGAGCCUUCAGCAAUGCCUUCUGGAACAUUAAGCGCUUGGAUGUUUAUCAAAAGAUAGAUGCUGCCGUACUGGCCGCGCAAGCGCCGCAGUUCGUGGCGGACACGGACGCUGCGAUGGCCAAGGCUGACGAACGCGCAACGAACAACGGACCCGUGUUGGCCUUCUUCUUCUUGGCUUUGCUGAGUACAUCUUCUGGAGUGCUGUACUAUUACUACCAUAGGAACCAAACGGUGAAAGCAAAGGUUGAUGAAUUGGCUGUUGCAGCGAAGCUCCCUGAAGCCUACAACUUCACCAUGAACUCCAUCGAGCGUGCCAAGAAUUCCGUGAAGGCGACGUUGCAACGGCAGGGAUGCAUGGAGAGUGAGAACGAGUCGCCUAUGAGUUCACCCACAUCGCGCAUGGGCUUGCGCAGAGGUGGCUCCAGGGAAUUCAAAGGGCCGGCGUCUCCAGCAGGCAGCCGAGCAGGAACAGCUGCGGCGCCGAUGACCGCUACGCUCAGUAUGGGACACCAGCCGUCCCUGAGGUCAACCCCACAGUUGGCGUCCAUCCAGGGCCGAUCGCCUACUGCCUCCAGGGUGCAGUCAGGCUCACUUCCAUCAUCUGCGCAAUCGGCAUCAAUGGCCCGUGGAGCUCAACCGGAUGCGCACCAGGUUCCGCAGCCCUACAUCUUCAGCAUGAUGCGCGGAACCAGUGGAAACCUGUCGGGUCCUUUGCCACAACCGGUCUCUCCGCAACCCACGGGGAUGCGCCAGAAUUCCCUUCCGAUGGCCCACCAGGCAUCCUCUGGUUCCCAGAGAAUGCAGGCUAUGGCGGUGGUGCCAGCGCAGAUCGCGCCCAUACAUCUACCUCCUGUGACCGUGACCUACAGUGGCCCGAGGCAAUGAUAGCAGGACAUGAGCGAGUGGCAAGGAGUUAAGAGCUGGCGCAUCGCUUGGAAGACUUCCGAGUCGACUUUUCCGAUUUCUGCCAUUUUUGCCUCUAAAGCGCGCCAUGUCCCCGGGCCCGAUCUUAGCCAAAUGCGAAUGGAGAAAAUUCACAUCUUGCAUGGUGGGGAUGCCCAGCUUCCUGCAAGCUCCCACAAGAGCUGGUUGAAAGAGCCAGCAGCCGCUGGAAUGCUUAUGAGAGCUUGGUGGUCCGUGGUUUGUGUUUGCA